AUGGAGGCUUUGAGUCCUGAUGGGUCAGGAGAGGAACUGGUCCCAGAACUUUCCAAAGAGGAUCUGUCGUUAGGUCCCGGGUUGUCAGAGAGAGAGGACUCUCCAACAGUGAAUGUCGAAGAAAGGGAAACUGGUGGGGACAACGGCUCUGACCUGAAUGCAGAAAUUGAGCAUUCAGCGUCAGAGGUCACCAGUAGGGUCUUAUCUGAACCUUGUCAGUCUGUCGCAGAAGAAACUGAAGUGACUGUCCUGGCUGGAGGGGAUCAUCAGUCAACAGAAACAAGUGAUAAAUCAGCGGUGGCCUCAGCAGGGAGUGGACAUGUGCAAUUUGUGCUACAGCAACAGAGAGAGGAUAAUUCAGAGAUGACAGCAGAUGAAAGAUCAUAUGAUGAGAGACUAAGGCACCCACAGAGUCAAAUCAAUGUAUCUUCACAAAGUAUCACUUUGCUUUCAGAUAGUGCACAAGUAGAUCUGCCUUCUCCAAACAAUGAAGCAUCCAGUGAACCUCUUGUUGAGAAUCAGUUGACUGAAAAUCCAAAGACUCUUGACGCAGUGGAUGGAGGCAAUGAGAGCCACACCAGUGCAAUCCAAGAGGUGGAUGUCAUCAAGUCUGAAGACAGUGUAAUUGCUGCAGGGGAGGAAGAAAAUGACACAGCAGUGGAAACCGACUUCUCCACGAUCCACCGAGAUAGAGAGGCGUCGUUCCAUCAGCCCUGCAACACUCAACACUCAGGAUCCUCACAAUCAUCAGCGUUUCCCAGUUUUCCCAGCAGGACCAGCAGUACCACCAGUUGUCCCUCCGCGGCUCACAGAGAUUCUGGCAGUGACAUAGAGAGCUUCCUGAACGCAGAGCCGGGAUAUGACAGCGUCUUCAGAAAGAACGAUGAACCAGUGACAGGGGGAGACAGCGCCAGUGAGGUUUCCGUCUCUUGCUCCUCCACAGACGACACCGCCAGCGUCGGCCCUUCCAGCUCCAGUCCCGAAGGCAGCCAGGGCCUGGGCUGCAGCUGGAGCCCGGAGGAGGGCAUCCAGACUGGUGCUACUACCUCUGCUGGACUGGAUGGUGGAGGAGGAGGAGGAGGAGGAGUGGGAGAAGCUGAAGAAGAGGCCAAAGACAGAGUGACGGAGGUGCCGCGACGCUCUUGUCUCCUCCGGAACAGCAUCCGCUCCCUGUCACCUCUUCGCCGCCACAGCUGGGGUCCUGGAAAGAACAACGGAGGAGACGCAGAGAUGAACCAGAGGAGUGCCAUCCGUAGCCCUGGUGAGGGGAAGCCGACCUUUCACAGGAGAAGCUACAGCCUAGAGGGGCUCAGUGGGGGGCAGGAAGAGCUGAGGGGCCCCACCACCCAGGGGCCCCGAAUCCUGGAGCCUUUAAGGAUGCCCCGGCAUGACAGCGAUGACAGGGGCUCACUGGUUUCUCUGACAGAGGAGCAGGAGGAGCUGGGGGAACAUGGCAGAUUACAUGACCAGAAAACGAGGCGGUAUCGGCCUCUGAGAAACAGCUGUCCUCCCAUGACCCUGCCCCUCACCAAGUCUGUAUCUAUGCUUGCCAUCAGCCACAGAGACAUCGAUGGUAUGAGGUCGUUCUCCAGCAACUCUGGGUCACUAGCAUACAGUAUAUCAGAGGAGGAGCCUGGGCCUCUGCGGAGCGACACUGAGGGAAAGAGUGUGACAAAAGUCAGCCGGACCUUCAGCUACCUCAAGAACAAGAUGUACAAAAAGACCAGGGAAAAAGAGCGAGAGAAGAGGGAGAAAGACAAGGAGGGCAAGGAGAAGGACAAGAAGACUGUGAAUGGUCAUCAGUUCACACCGGUCAGCUCGAGCCAGUUAACCCAGUGUUCCCAGUGCAAUAAGGCUUUCAACAGCAAAGACGCUUUCCAUUGUACUCACUGUAAUGCUUCCGUCCACAAAGGCUGCAGGGACAGCCUGCCUGUUUGUGCCAAGGUGAAGAUGAAGAUUCCCAAGCAGCAGUUUGCAGUACCAGAUUCAAGCUCUUUUCCUACAGUCAUCAUGAGGAACAAAUCUGGUGGGACGAGGGAGCGUCCCUGGUCGGCCAUCUUGUCCCCCGAAGACCAUUCUUCUCUCAUGAUCCCAUCAUCACGGAGACACACCAGCAUCAUCCACAGCAACAACCUGUCCAAGAGUCUAUCCAUAAGCAACAUCGCUGGUCCGGUGUUUGACGAGAUGCCCAUUAAAGGCCUGCGGUAUCUCUCCCAGUCUACGGACUCACUCAACAGAACCAACCAGGUCACAGAGUCCAUGGAAUCACUCACUGAUGAAGGGACGGAGAUGAUGGACGGGCAGCUGAUGGGGGAGUUUGAGGCAGAGGCCAAGGAGCUGGAGGCUGAUUCGUGGAGUUUAGGUGUAGAGCCGCAGUACCUGCAGCAGCUGGACAAAGAGCUGGUGAAGAGACAAGACGUCAUCUACGAGCUGAUGCAGACGGAGAUGCAUCACAUCCGGACGUUGCGCAUAAUGUCUGAGGUCUACAGUAAAGGCCUGCAGAAAGAGGUGCAGCUGGAGCUCCAGACGGUGGAGAAGCUGUUCCCUGCUCUAGACGAGCUCCUGGAGCUCCACACACAGCACCUCCUGCGCCUCCUGGAGAGGAAGAGGGAGUGCCAGCUGGAGGGGGGAAAUUUUGAGGGAGGAUUUAUCAUCAACAGGAUAGGAGACAUCCUGGUCAGCCAGUUCUCAGGAUCCAACGGUGAAAGCAUGAGGAGGAUUUACGGACGAUUCUGCAGCCGCCACAACGAAGCCGUCAACUUCUACAAGGACCUGCUGACCAAAGACAAACGCUUCAAAGCCUUCAUCAAAAAAAAGAUGAGCAGCAGCAUUGUGCGGAGGCUUGGUAUCCCAGAAUGCAUCUUGCUGGUGACCCAGAGGAUAACAAAAUACCCAGUGUUGAUUCAAAGAAUGCUACAGCACACUAAAGAGAGCGAGGAGGACUUUGACGACCUGACGGAGGCUGUUCGGCUGGUGAAGCAGGUGAUCGCAGCGGUUGAUAACAAGGUGAAAGAGCAUGAGAAAAGGCGCCGUCUGAAGGAAUUCCACGGCCGCAUGGACAGCAAGUCCAUCAUGAUGAUGAAGAGCGGCCAAAUUUUCGCAAGGGAGGACCUCCUGAGGAGGAGGCUGAUCCACGAUGGAGCGCUGCAGCUGAAGAACAGCCAGGGAAGAUUAAAGGAUGUCCAUGCUCUGCUCCUGUCUGACGUCUUUGUCUUCCUCCAAGAGAAAGACCAGAAAUAUGUCUUCGCCAUGCUGGACCAGCGCUCCACGGUCAUCUCCCUCCAGAAGCUGAUCGUCAGGGAGGUCGCUAACGAAGAGCGCGGCCUCUUCCUCAUCACGGCAGGCAUUGAGAAGCCGGAGAUGAUGGAGGUCCUGGCCAGCUCGAAGGACGAACGCAACACGUGGAUGCAGCUCAUCCAGGAAGCCAUGCAGUCUAUGGAGAAAGAUGAGGAUGAAGGGAUUCCCAGUGAGACAGAAGAUGACAAGAGACAACUGGAGACUAAAGCUAAGGAGAUGAGAGAUUUGUUGAGGCAGAAAGAUACAGAGAUCAUGUCUCUGUUGGAGGAGAAGGUGCGGCUCUUCAGGGGGAUGUGGGAGGGCCUGAAUCAAGGUGAGGAGGCCUGCCAGCAGGUCGAGCCUUUCUUCAGGUCAGCGUGCAGCUUGGAGCCGCCGAGGGGGGCGUCCAUCAUGAAGGAUGCCUUGCAGGAAGUGGAGACGUUACAGGCGCUGGUGAACGGCAGCCUGGGCGGGGCGAUGGCCAGUGUCCAGGAGGGAGGAGGCGUGGGGCCCGUGUGUUUGCCCCGUCGGGCUGAGACCUUUGGAGGCUUUGACAGUCACCAGAUGCACAGCAGUAAGAGUGGAGACAGAGAAGAGGGCGAGGAUACAGCAGGAGAUUUGCGCAGGACGGAGUCUGACAGUGUUUUAAAGAAGGGAGGAAACGCCAACCUGCUGCUGCUGCUGAAGAGGAACAGUGAGCAGGUCCUUCACAGUGUCUCCAAUCUGCACCUCCUGCUCAGCACUCUGCAGGCGGUGGUGGUGCAGCAGGACAGUUUCAUAGAGGACCAGCGGCAGGCCCUGAGUGAGCGUUCCUCCUCCUGCACGUCUUUAUCGCGGCCGUCCUCGCGGCCCAGUUCCCUGAUUGAGCAGGAGAAGCAGCGCAGCCUGGAGAAGCAGCGGCAGGAGCUGGCGUCCCUGCAGAGACAGCAGGCAGCUCACGCUGAGGAGAAGAGGAGGAGGGAGAGGGAGUGGGGGCUCAGGGAACAGCAUCUGAAUGAAAGGGAGGUGCUGGUGCGCAUACAGGAGGAGGAGGCCCUGAAGCAGAACAAGGAGCUGGAGGAGGAGAAGCAGGAGCUGCAGAGUAAGAAGGAGGAGUACCAGAAAGACCUGGAGAGGCUGAGAGAUGCCCAGAGGAAGCUGGAGAGGGACAGGGAGGCUGUGCAGCGGCAGCUCGACAAGAUGGAGGAGCUCCGUCUGGCUGAGAGGACUCCCUCGACAACGUCUGAUGAGUCCCAGUUUCCCGGCAGCUCCCAGUCUCUGGAGCUGGACCCACUGGAGCUCUCCUCCUCCUCCUCCUCCUCCUCCCUGCCCAGGCUGCAGCCCCAGCAGUCCAAGCCCAAAGGAAAAGGCCUCAAUCCCUUUACCUCAUCCUCCGCUAAUACCAACCUCAAGGGUAGCGAAGCCAACAACCAGAUCUCAAAGAGCCUGCUGCAGCUGGCCAAGAGCAAGAGCAAGGAGGGGAAGGAGAAGAAGAAGAAGAAGGGCAAAGCGGGGAGUGCACAGACAUCAGACCCCCAGCACCGUCCCGAGCCUCCUCUGGAUGGAGAGAUCUUCUUCUGCUGAGAUAAGUGGCUCUCCUCCUCAUCAUCAUUGUUAUCAACCCGUCACGCUGUUCUGACAUCCAGAGGAGUGCGUUUUUGCUAAGUAGUGGUAACACAUAACACUGCAAUAUACCACCAGGCUUUGUGCUACCUUGAAAAGACUUUGUUCACUUUCCAUAUCAUAACAUAGAGCAAGUUAACAUUACGUGCAAGGAAAAGAGAACGUGUGUUUUCUUGCACUUUUAAAUCAAAUACCACUUCUAUUAGUUUCUGGAAAGUAGAAGACUUUAAGAAUUCUGUUAUGGUGUGCAAGUAUGCAUACAUACACACACUUGCAGUGGAGUAGCUGUGCACUUUUGAAUAUUCUCUGUCCAAAAACCCAGUUUCCUUUUCCAAAGAAGUCAUUAUGAUUUCUUCAUUUUGAGGAAAGAUAUACAUCUGUGACAGCUCUGUAUCACAAUGAAAACAUUUCACAGAGGAUUGCCUCACAAGCUCUACCAAGUAUAUUACUGGCCUGAAUGCCUUCCUGUUUUCACAUCUCUUCUGGCCCCAACCAGCCCCUUUUUCAGCAGUCCGUCCUGGCAUUAACACCAACACGCUGUUAUAUUCAUUUGCAGAAGCAGAGUGGCUUCUGUGCAGCUUUAACCACACAUUAAAACAACAACAACAACAACAACAAAAACAUACAGACACAACCAAAUGCCACUUGGAAAACAGAUAUGAAUGUCAACAAGCUCCAUGUGGCAUUGGAAACGCCUCACUCCUAAUUAUCUUCAUUGAUAAUUAAUAGAAGACCGAAACCACAAUCUAAACUUUGUGUCCUAGCAACAUUUCUUAAUCAAUGUUUUCAGUGUUUGUGUCUCAAUGUGUCAAAAUGCCUCUGUAUAGAUCUACACUCAAAAGAAAAUUGGAGCCUGAGAUUCCUUUACUUACGAUUUGAAAAGCAGAUGUGAUUACGAGCUCUAAUUUUGUCUGCAGUUUGUAAGCAAAAUGGAACUGGCGCAUGAUAACUUCAGUAAUCCUCUAUAAUGAUUUUAUGCCAUCAAUCAACUUCCUUGGUGCGGUUUUAAUUUAUUUGAAUUAUGGAGAUCUCCAUUUUGGGAGUGAAACUCUUCAGAUGUGCGUGUCUAUUUUUCCAGACUCAACAGUAAUGAAAGGAUUGAGACAUAUCUCCCUGUGUCUAAUGGCUCAAUUCAUAUCCUUUAGUGUGUUUUAGAGCCUUGGAUGGAUAUUAGCUUGAUCCUCGCUUUAUCUGCCUGUCAAUGGGCUUUUAUGCAGCCCUCAUCUUUCAUCUGAGCGCCAAUGAGCGGGGCUUUCCUUCGUUUUUUAAUUGCAUGUGACUCUGCAGGUAGCAUACUAAUGGCUUGAGUCUGUUAAAUAGUUCAAGUUUCUCUUUCAACCUCCCUCUUUCUCUUCUUAUAAUAGACUCAGUAUACACACACAGCUGAUGGUUUUAGGAAAUGGAGGGAGUUAAUUUAGGGACAAAGCAGCUGGUUAGAGAAAAUGAGAUAGGACAUUAAGUAAAAACACCAAAUGAUGUUACGCAUUCCUAUUUAAUGACUAAACCUGCUCAGCAGGUACCACCUGAGUCUCUGAUCAUUUCAAAUUAAUCAACACACAUCAGUGUUGUUAAGCACUUUGAUCCUAAUACUUUCUUUGUCUUUAUCAGUAUGAAAGAUCAGUCAAAGAGAUCUUUGUAUUCUGUGGGAUGCUGUAAUUAAGGGCACUGACGCUCAUGAAACGCAACAAGGAUCCAAAGUGAGAUGAUUUGUUUAAGUACAUAAAAGAUGCUGUGGUUCCAUUUUGUUAGUGUGUAGAAUCAAAAAGGGGCUGACAGCUUUUAUGUGAUGUUUCAGAGACCUGUCUUAAUUUUUAAGCCUAUGUUUUAGCUCCACUAAGCCCAUAGUGGGCCACACAACUACCUGCUGGACAGGUAGGAAAUAAAAACAGAAGGAGGGGGAAAAAAAAGCCCUUUUCCUAUGAAUUACAGAGCAGUGUCACUGAUCUGCUUCCUUGCUGCCUCUUCGUCUAAUGUUGAAGUGCUUGAUUGUUAACUCGCUGUCUGUGUUGAGGAUUUGACUUCAUGUCCAGGCUGGUUUAUUAUAGUGUUGCUUCUAAGAGGCUUACAGGACCAGCCAAUUAGUUGGUUCAUGUCUUUUGUUUAUGGCUUUGGUGUAAUCCUGUCAAAGAAACAGAGAGGAAUGGCCGCCUUCUUUUCUCUGUUGCUCUAGGUGUGUUUUGACCACUAGGGAGCACUGCACCUAUGACUAAAUGAGUUCCAUCUCUUACACAACAGCAACCAAAAGUAUGACACUGUUUAGAUUUUUUUUUUUCUUUAAAAAAAAAAAAAAAAAAAAUUCUCCCUGCUGUGCAAAAUUGACAUUUUUCUCAGCAGGUCAUUGCCGUACAGAGAUAAUGUGAUGAGCGUGGGCUCUCACAGUCUGUGACAUUUUCCCCACGGCAUUUGUAAUUGACUGCAGAAACAAAUAAGUUGUCAGAGAUUGUAAUUGGUUAUUCAGUGAAACCAGUCAGCAGCAGCUUUAAUAUGGAGGGGGAAAAAAAAGAAGGUCUAACGGUUGGAGGGAGCGACCGGGCAGAACCACAAACCUCCCCCUGUAAGGGACAAUCAGCAGACGCAAGUCAGGAAAAUGAACUCCUUCCCCAAUGAUGAUAGGCCUGUCCAUGAGACGAGUGUGUCCAUCAGGUGAACCCUGCAUAGCCUUAAAUCUUAACGAUAAAAUGCACUAGUGUAGAACCCAGCAUCUUCUCAGGACAGAGGAGUGCUUUUAUACCUCUGCUUUGAAACGAAGGAAAUGUUUGUACUAUAAAAAUGGUACACAACUGUUUUAUUCUCAACAAUGUAAAAAAGGGCAAAUAUGUAAAUAUGAUUUCUGUAUAAAACAAAUCAAAUGUAAGAAAAAAAAAAAAAAGGAACUGUUCCGUUUGUGAUUUAAUGCAACAUUUUGUAAGAAUGUUUUAUUUAUGUUUUAUUCUCACCCUCAGGGUGAUGAACAAUGUAAAGUCACAUUUCUCUCAUAAUAAAAACAAACAAAAAAUAAUAAUAAUAAUGGA